GGGGGGGGGGGGGGGGGGUCACAAUCCAUUAACCUUUAAUCCGCACAUGCAUUUACGCAAAAGACGCCCUUAAAGUAUUACACGUUUCCCCCCGUGAUGAACUGAGGCUAUUGCGGAUUAAAUGGACACUGUGCGAGCGUAACAUCUCAGCUGUCAUUCAUACAUGUCCAUUUUUUCCCUCGCCAGAUGGAUAAACAGUAGAGCUUUAACCCUUAGAUUAUAUAGUUCAGGAGCAGUCCUAUAAUGUAAUACAGAAUCGAACAAAGAGCAACGCGACGCCAAGAUGUAACAUUAGUAGGUUUUUGUUAAUUAUUUAGCGCGUAAUUAUCCAGAACUCUUUUUUUUUUUUUUUCCUUUUACGCACACCUCUCCAAUGCAUGGUCGGCAGAAGGUCACGUCUUUCUGCGAUAGAGUAGGCAGCGUGUAGGAAUCCUUGACUUGUAUCAUGACAGCAUGAAAGCAUCAGUGCACGGAUAAGGAAAGUUCUUGCAUCAUGCGCUUGUUUGAUGAAGUUGGUUUUACGCACCGGAAAGCAUGCGCUCCACAAAUAUGAAGACUCGCUGAGCCCGUCUUCUUCUUCCUCUUCUUCUUUUCUGUUCUGGAUCCCAAAUGCAUGGCUUUGUACGAGACAAUGCUGUAAAUAAUUUUUUUGUUCCGCCGAGAAUUUUGGGGGGGAUGAUGAGGAUCCAACUGAGGUGAUUUUCUUCUUGCUGUGUCCCAUGCGUCUUUCUCCUCCUCCUCCUCCUCCUCACCCUCCAGACCUCUGGACGUUGUUGUGGAUUGUCUUGCUGCGUAAUGCGAUGGGCUGCAUCCAGAGUAUCAGGUGUAAGCCCAAGAGUUUCCGAGACAGUGUCAUCGUCCUGGAGGUGAACACUUGCAUCGAUUCCAGCCCCACCAGCAUCGACGAGUCCAACAGCGUGGUUCUGCGCUACCGAACGCCUCAUUUUCGCGCACACGCCCAGGUCCUUGUGCCGCCUGUGCCCUGUCAAGAGACGUGGACCAUCGGCUGGAUUCAAGCGUGCAACCACAUGGAGUUCUAUAAUACAUAUGGAAACAAAGGGAUGUCAAGUUGGGAGCUGCCGAACCUGCGUGACGGAAAGAUCCAGGCCAUUAGUGACUCGGAUGGAGUCAACUACCCAUGGUACGGCAACACCACAGAGACCUGCACCGUUGUGGGCCCCACCAAGAGGGACAGCAAGUUCACCGUUAGCAUGAACGACAAUUUCUACCCCAGCGUGACCUGGAGCGUGCCAGUCAGUGACAGCAAUGUGCCUCAGCUCAGCAGCAUCCACCGCGACCAGAGCUUCACCACGUGGCUGGUGGCCAUCAACCAGGCCACCGCAGAGACGGUCGUCCUGCAGACAAUCCGCUGGAGGAUGCGGCUCUACAUCAAAGUGGACCCGGACAAGCCUCUGGGUCAGCGGGCUGUCCUGAACGAGCCUGUGAUCCAAGAGCAGCCCCAGAUCCUCGGCAAGAACGAGCCCAUCCUCGCCAACGCCAUGGUCAAGCCUAACGCCAACGACGCCCAGGUACUGAUGUGGCGGCCAAAGAAUGGUGACUCCGUGGUGGUCAUCCCACCCAAAUACUGACCUGUUUCACUGACCAGGCUGGCCUUGGAUACUUCGACAGUAUCAUCUCUCUCGAUUUGUUCUCUUUUGUUUUGUUCCUGCUCUUCACCAGCUCUCGCCGCUGUCGCCCUUCGUUGACAUUAAUGUCCGUCUAUCUUCGCCUCUUUACUCUUUUCUCUCUUCUGUUUUUAAAACGACGGACGGAGAGAAAACCAGGCAGAGGGAAAGGCUCUGAGAAAAAGACCAGCUGAUGCUACAAGGGCAGGGGGAUGUACUUUUUAAAACUGGAGUGAACAAACUGCAACCAUUCUACCUUCAAACUGGGUCGGGUCUCACUGUGCUAAAUGAAGUCACUGACGAAAUGAAAAACAAGAGUAUUUCUUGUUUUUUUUAUUUUGAACAUUUUUAUAUUGUGGCUGUUUGGGCCGAGCAAUGCAAGGUUUGUGAGUGUGGGUCGAGUUAUAGUAUUUACAUGACCAUGUUUUCGCACAUGCUCCAUACAUGGAUAUGCACAAACGUUGUGUUAAAAAUACCAGUUGUGUUUCUAUUUAUGGUUGGGAGAGUGUGCAUUUUGUGUUGUCUGUUGCUGCCGUUGUGUGUUUCACAUGGCAAAAUGCAUUGGUUGACUGUAGAUUUUAGUAGUUUUUCAAAAAACAAACAAACAUGCAAGACAUUCAAUCCAUGCUGCCUUAAGUUUACAUCGCUUUCCACUGCAAACUUUUUCGCCUUAAACUAAGUGCAAUGCAGUAUUUUGCUCAUUUGUCCCCUCUCUUCCAGACUGCUGGUGCUGGCGUGUGUGGGUUUAGGACAGGAGAUAAAUCGCGUCUGACAUUUUGGAUUUUGCUGCAUUUACCUGACAAAUGUAUUGUCGGACAAGUACAACCAGCAAUAUGUGUAGAAGCAGUUAUAGAGUUGUGUGUUUUGAGUGCAUUACACAGCGAUAGAGAUGCUUUGUGCAGAAAUACACCUGUGAAGCGAACCCUUGUCAAUGGCACUGAGUACAUUAAACUAUACGUGCAAUAACAAAUUGAGCAAAAAGGUUCUUAAAAGCACUCCUCAAUUAACCUCAUUCACUUUAUUCUCUUCUGUGGCGGCUGUUGCUUUCAACAUCUUUUCUCUUCAUCCCUCCAUCUCAGGGCCCCUUUUCACUUCCUUCCCUUCUUUUUGUUUUUCAUCCACCCUGUCUCGCCUACUCGCGUGUUUAUCAAAACUUUAAAUUAAAAAGACAUGGGAAAUAACUUUUAAUCACAGCAGUCCGCUUUUCCCCUCUCAAUCAUCCACAUUAUAUUUAUUAUUGUUGGCAGCCUUUAAAUCUGUAAAACUGCUUUUCUUUCAUCAUCCUCCAAACAUGUCUGCGUCUCAUGUAAAUGGUCUAUUAUUUGGCACUUCUCCUCAUCUGUAAUGUUAAUCUACACCGAUCUACAAUCUAUUCCUCCUCUCACUCCUCGUCUCCCAUGUCUUUUCUUCCCCUCUUUCCUUCUCUCACUCUUUAUCUGUUGUGGAGGCUGAAAAGCAGAACAGGAGCUGGGUGAGUUUGAUCCCGGCUGCUCGGUCGGCAUAUAGAUGACCCACUUCUCUGCCCUGCCAGUUGUAGUUCUCGCAGCGGAAACGUGGGGCCUGUCUCCCUUUAUUUUACAGCCAGUGCACACAAACACACACACGCACACACGCACACUAGACAAACAGCUCUGGUCUGCAAAAUACCAACAUUUAACAAAACAAUGCCCAUUUAAACGUUCAUCUUUGGGCAUGGCUUCAGAUACAGCACAUAAACAUCUAUUAAUGAAAACUUUUGUUAGAGGUUUUCAUGUUAAAAGCCAGUUUUAAAGGCUUUAAGAUACUAUGAACAUUUAUGCAAAGUUUCCUGUGUUUUGGCUCCAAUAUAAAAAAAAAAGCAUCAAAGAUUUGUAAGCUGCUGCUGCUGCUUCACUGUAUUAGCAUCUCCUUUCUACGGAGUGAACAAAGCCUUCAAACUCAGUUCAGAAAACCUUUCUUUGAGUGUUUUUUAGGACAAUGCAACAUUACAAUACAGGAUUAUUGUGUAACUUCACUGUGUAGAACCUUGGUUUUGCUUAAAUCUCCACCAGGACUUUAAAAUCAUACAUAGAGUAAUACUACUUUAAGUGUGCAUUAGUGCAAAGACAACAAAAAAUUGCAACAACCAUUGGAACAUGUGUGACUUCCAGUAUAAAUCUAAUGGUAGCUCGGUAGAAUGACAAACUCUAACCCGAACCCGGGCUAAAGGCUCCACAGACUUCCAUUCAGACUAAUGACGUAUACAAGUCAAAUAACAUCCAGCUGAACCAGAGCUCAAAGAUCAAAUCCAUCCAUGCACUCGCUCUCUCUGUGGACAUUAUAAUUACAUUGUAAGCCCACACAUGGCUUCAUCAGGCACUGCUCCUGCAGCCCGGCUCGUGUGCUAACCGGGAUGCCCUGCGCACCGGGGCAGAGUCACGGGGGAGCAACAGUGUUGAAGGGAGCCGGAGAGAAGAAGUAAGAGGCUGGUGAGGGACUACUGUCAUAAUUAGAUCUGCAGUGACACACUUACACGCCCUACAUGGACUGAACCGUGCCGAGUGGCGCUGUGAAAGGCAAAGGCUAGCUGGAGUCAUGGGUGAGAUGUAAGCGAGGUCAAAGAGCAGAGGUCAGGGGUCAACGCGUCUGAGGCUGCCACUGUCCUAAACUGGGCCGCAGGCAGUCGAGAGGUUGCGGCGGAGCGAAUAUGUUUGUGACAACACAUUGUGUCCGCUUAGAAAACAACUACUGUGUCCUGAAGUGCCACAUAAUGUCUUCAUCCGACCUAUGGACACCACGGAGGGUGUAUCCAAGCUGGACUAAGUGUAAUAUAAUUAAACCUUGACACGCGUUCCCAACGUGCGUGUGUGUGUGUGUUUUCAUGCGAGUUGUGUGUUAAAUCCCAUUGGAGGGGAUUUAGAAGGGAUGAGUUUCACUUAUGUACUUCUACUGUUGUUGGGUCAUGAUUCUCUCACACUCUCUCACACACACACACACACACACACACACACACACACACACACACACACACACACACACACACACACACACACACACACACACACACACACACACACACACACACACACACACACACACACACACACACACACACACACACACGGGGGGCAGGACAGGGAACGUCCUUGUCAUAAAACAGGGAUUGUGAGCUUGGACACAAACACACACAGAAACCCCCCCCGAGGGGAAAGGAGCAGGCCUGGUGCGGUAUCUGAUUGUCACAGCAGUGUCACAUUGGCAGAGUGUACUCAUUUAUCAGCCCCGCACGUGGACAGUCUGAGCACAUGCACAUGCUUCAAAGCCAUAUCCACAAACACACCUGUCUGCUAACAAACAGGGAGUGAUGUAUGUGGUUCUCCCGAGGACUAACUACAGCGAGGACGUUUUUUAUAUAAAGAAGAAAUGGAGGAACCGAGGUCACAGAGUGGGGGUGCCAGUCAACGAUCAGCAGAGUCUGAUGUUGAUGGAAAAGGCCCUAAUCGCCUUCUGGGCGCGUCAGUUAACUUUGCGUUAAUGAUUUUAAAUUCAGAGAGAUGUCACAAAUGCAAUACGCUUCCGGAAAUCAGCCACAGAAAAACAAUGCUGCACUUUAUUGGUUUUCCAGUAUGGAGCACAAAAAGUGCCAAAACUGGACAGCGCCAAAACUGUGCAGUGUAAUAUUGUAUUAUUUGAAGUUGUGAAUUCAAAGAAAGCUCUUGGCGCUUCAUGAUGGGCCUAAUUUAAUCAUUAAAUGCUUUCAGUAUAUUUGUAUCACAAGUAUCACAAAUGCAAAAUGUAGCCAUUAGGGACAUUAUUCGUUUUCUGCUUGUACGGCUGUGCCAAGCGAUCAGACGCCUCCUCUCCUAAACGCACACCUUUACAGUUCUUCUGAGGGCUGCUCUUUAUUUAUUGGUUGACCCCUCGUGAGAAAGUAACCUUUAUUUAAACCAAUAAAUAAUCCCUAGUUCACACUCAGGACCACCUGCCUUCAUUUCCUGAUAUUUAUUAUUGGUUCAAUCCCAUUAAGGGAAAAAAAAUGGAUGUUCCACAGGUCAGUUCAUCUCACUAUUCUCCUUAUUUAGGAAAAUAAACAACAUACUUCAGUGUCUGAAAUACAACCUGGCAAAUGGUACAUGGAUACUUAGAGCAAUUAUGUUUGUUUUUUUCAUUUAGUUUGGUUUGCUUUCUGGAAAUAACAGCACUGAAAUAGUUCAAGCAGUGUGUUUGUUUGUUCAGCUUUGACUUUUUACACCGAUACUUGAAAAUGGGUCAGUUCUGGCAAAUAUUUAAAACUGUGAAAAUGCACAACAUUGGGGUAAACAAAAUAUAUUAAAAAGUCUUUUUUCAAGAAUGAAUAAAAUGAACAAAUGUCA